AUGCCCAUUCCAGGAUGCAUUCCUAUCACCAGCUCAGCUUCCCCGGGAGAGGGACUGAACCUUACCUGUACUGUGUGGCAUAAGAAAGAAGAAGCUGCCGCGUCUUGGGACUGUUCUCCUGAGAACAGCUUAGCGCAGCUGAAGUUAAAUCCUUGGCUAGAUGGCCUCAGUGAAAAACCAUCUCAGUUAGUGUUCACCAUAGACCAAGUCACACCAUCAGACAGUGGGACCUACCGGUGCUGCACCAGAAUAGAAAUUCACCUUCAGGGCCACUGUCUCUCUGUUCUAGUCACAGGGAACUACACAGAGACAAGACUGAAACAAAGGCAAUACCGUGACUUCAACCAUAGUUUAGCAUUCUCGGUCAGCUUCCUACAAGUAAAAGUCUGGUUGGUGCUGGUCACCAGCCUGGUGGCUCUUCAAGGCAUGCCCGGAAGAGAUUUAAGCAGUCCAAGCUUUUCAUAA